AUGGCUAAAAGCUUACACAGGAAGAUGCAUGCUGAAAAGCCAAAAAAGAAUGCCCCAAGGGAGAUCAACAGACUUAAAUUUAUUCUCAAAGUUGAUAGUGAUGUUUUAAUGAAGGAUGUUUGUGAAACAGCAACAGUGGUGAUACCCAAACAAUGCCAGGUGAAAACUCAGUAUGUGGCAUAUGAUGAAAAGGAUGUCAUGAAAACGCAGACUGAAAUUAGGAGAAACAAAAAGACACUUCUAGAUCAGCAUGGCCAGUACCCAAUGUGGAUGAACCAGAGGCAGAGAAAAAGACUGGGAACAAAGAAAGACAAAAAAACAAAACAAAACAAAGCUAGAGCUAUAAGAAAACUAAAGGAGAUAAAGAUUUUUUUUCCUAAUACAUUCUCUCUGCCUCCAAUGGAGAUUCUGGCCACUGGAACCCAGCUACUGUGCUUUGAGGAGCCCAAGCCAGUUGGAGAGAUUCAUGAUGAAAAUCCCCCUAGAGAAGCAGUAGCUGGCAGGCCAGACAACACACUUGCUGAUGCAGAUGAUUUGCAUUCUGGCAUUGGCUCCCUGUCUUGUCACAGGCUGGGGACAAUUUGUGGACAGGUGUUUAUCAAGCCCCACUGUGACUACCACUGCUCUGCAGCGUAG